AUGAGCAGCAUUGAUGACAAGGAGAUGGCAGCGUCGGAGCAGCAACGCGUCAUGCGAACUGUAUCUACGACAGUGUCUGUAGUCGCUGCGGUAUUUCUUGGAGGAGGGUUCUACUAUGGCAUGACAAAGCAGAAGAAGGCAAUGGAGGAGGAAGAAAAGAGUUUGAGCAAGACUUUGAGUAGUAAAAAGGAGUUUGUACCGAAAAAUGCGACCUUUUUCGAGCGUAAAUUGGCUCUGGACAGGGCUUUACCACCAGGUACAGCAGCCUCAAAGGCUUUGCUUGGAGUAACACUCGUCUCGGUCACAAGUUGCUGUAUACUGGUGGGCGGAAUUGCUGCUGCUCUUGGAGUGACCAAUUGGAUGGAACUCCGAGAACGCUUGCAGACGUCACGGUCUCAAAAGAAAAUAAUGUCGAAACAACUUGACUUGAAAGGAUUGGGAGAAGCAAAGAAGGAAAUGGUCGAUGCCAUUGCGAGCGAAGUGAAGGAGGAGCAGGCCAAGUCUGCAAUCCCAUAG